CUGCUACGGAGGCCCCCGGGAGGCAGCGGCGGCGGCGCUGAGGCGGUGGCAGCGCUGCCGACCCUGGGCCGCUCGGCCUCUCAGCUGUCCUGCCAGCCUCGCCUGAGCCCGCCGGGGCCCGCGCCGGCCAGCGCCUGCCCUAUGAGUGUGUCACUGGUUGUCAUCCGACUGGAGCUUGCGGAACACUCGCCGGUCCCCGCCGGCUUCGGCUUCAGCGCCGCGGCUGGGGAAAUGUCUGAUGAGGAAAUCAAAAAGAAGACACUAGCUUCAGCUGUAGCCUCUUUAGAAGGGAAGUCACCAGGAGAGAAAGCAGCAAUCAUACAUCAGCAUCUUGGUCGUCGAGAAAUGACAGAUAUGAUCAUUGAGACCAUGAAGUCCAACCCAGAUGAGCUGAAAGCCACAAUGGAAGAAAGGAAGUCUUCAGAAGUAUCUCCCACUGCACAGAGAAGUAAAGAUCAAAGUAUAGAAUGCAUAAACGCUGCUCCCGAUUCUCCAUCCAAACAGCUUCCAGACCAGAUUUCGUUCUUUAGUGGAAACCCGUCAGUUGAAAUAGUUCAUGGUAUUAUGCAUCUAUACAAGACAAAUAAGAUGACCUCCUUAAAAGAAGAUGUGAGGCGCAGUGCCAUGCUGUGUAUUCUCACAGUCCCUGCUACAAUGACCAGUCAUGACCUUAUGAAGUUUGUCGCCCCAUUUAAUGAAGUAAUUGAACAAAUGAAAAUCAUCAGAGACUCUACUCCAAAUCAAUAUAUGGUGCUGAUAAAGUUUAGUGCACAGGCUGAUGCAGAUAGUUUUUAUAUGGCGUGCAAUGGCCGCCAGUUCAACUCAAUAGAAGAUGAUGUUUGCCAGCUGGUGUAUGUGGAAAGGGCUGAAGUACUGAAAUCUGAAGAUGGCGCCAGCCUCCCCGUGAUGGACCUGACUGAGCUCCCCAAGUGCACAGUGUGUCUGGAGCGUAUGGACGAGUCCGUGAAUGGCAUCCUCACCACGUUAUGUAACCACAGCUUCCACAGCCAGUGCCUGCAGCGCUGGGACGACACCACGUGUCCUGUCUGCCGGUACUGCCAAACGCCAGAGCCAGUAGAAGAGAAUAAGUGUUUCGAGUGUGGUGUGCAGGAAAACCUAUGGAUUUGCUUGAUAUGUGGCCACAUAGGAUGUGGACGGUAUGUAAGUCGACAUGCUUAUAAGCACUUUGAGGAAACGCAGCACACAUAUGCCAUGCAGCUCACCAACCAUCGAGUCUGGGACUAUGCCGGAGAUAACUAUGUCCAUCGACUGGUUGCAAGUAAAACAGAUGGGAAAAUAGUACAGUAUGAAUGUGAGGGUGAUACUUGCCAGGAAGAGAAAAUAGAUGCCUUACAGUUAGAGUAUUCGUAUUUACUAACAAGCCAGCUGGAAUCUCAGCGAAUCUACUGGGAAAACAAGAUAGUUCGGAUAGAGAAGGACACAGCAGAGGAAAUUAACAACAUGAAGACCAAAUUUAAAGAAACAAUUGAGAAAUGUGAUAAUCUGGAGCACAGACUAAAUGAUCUCCUAAAGGAAAAGCAGUCUGUGGAAAGAAAGUGCACUCAACUAAACAUGAAGGUGGCCAAACUCACCACAGAGCUCAAAGAGGAGCAGGAAAUGAACAAGUGUUUGCGAGCCAACCAAGUCCUCCUGCAGAACAAACUAAAGGAGGAGGAGAGGGUGUUGAAGGAGACCUGUGACCAGAAGGAUCUACAGAUCACCGAGAUCCAGGAGCAGCUGCGUGAUGUCAUGUUCUACCUAGAGGCCCAGCAGAAGAUCAACCACCUGCCGGCCGAGACCAGGCAGGAAAUACAGGAAGGACAGAUCAACAUUGCCAUGGCCUCGGCCUCCAGCCCCGCUUCCUCAGGGGGCAGUGGGAAGCUGCCCUCCAGGAAAGGCCGCAGCAAGAGGGGCAAAUGACCUCUGGGAAACGGGUGUCCCUGAGACUGUUUUCCCUGGCACAGCAAGGGCAUGCUGGGGCUUCAGCUAAAUGUGAGAGUGGGCCGUCAAUAAGUACCAGUGAGGAUGGAGCCGCCGUGGUUUGGACCUUUUCUUUGCU